AUGUCAGGCUCACAGGAUCCGAUUCUAGCCUGCGACUUGUGUUUUACAAAGAAGAUCAAGUGUGAUAUGCUCAAGCCCAUCUGCUCCAACUGCAAGCUGUACAGCGCAGACUGCCGAACAACCAGCGUGGCAAGAAAAAGGCAGCCCAACAGCAGGCCAAAGCAGGCGGUCAAGAUCCGCGAGGCCGAGACGAAAGAGCUCGCAGAGGAGAAUGCGAGCCUCAAGGAACGACUGGCUCGUAUCGAGCAGCAGCUCCAACAGGUACUCCAGGCCGCGAAGCAGGAACAUGCCCUGGCCACAGCCUCAGUUCCGGUCUCUUCGACGAACGAUAGUACCCCUGAGGAGGUCGCGAGGAAGUGUAGCCCCGAAGAGCUCAAAGGACCGAGCGCUUGGCGCUUCGAUCCAGUAGAGCCAAGUCUUUAUCACGGUCCUGGUGAUGAGGAUCUGCCUUUGCCGCCUUUGGAUCACCUCAUGCCCUAUAUUGACCACUACUUCGACACGUUCAACAGGGCUCUCCCGCUCUUCGACCAGGCAGUCUUCAUGCGCAUGAUGCGCGAUUGGCACCACACUGACCAUCCCAAGCGGGACCGGGCUAUCUGGGCCGCCAUCCUCAUGGUCUGCGCCAUGGGUCUCCGGUCUCCUAUUCCGGGAGACGAGACUCCCACAAUUGACCAGCGGGCUCGCACCGACUGGGUAAACCGCUGCAUGCGCAAUGCGCAAUCGGUCAUGUCCGAGCUCGUCAUUCGCGAGAAGGAUCUCCUGGGCGUGCAGGUCCUACUCUCGUUGGUCUGCCUGUUCCACAACAGUAGUGACUCGCGGCCUGCGAGCGUCCUCGUGGGUACGGCGGUACGGCUCGCUCAGAGGCUGCAGCUGCACUCCAACGCCUCAUCACGGUCAUACGCGCCCGUCGAGGUUCUUCAGCGGCAGCGCGUCUUCUGGAUCGCCUACCUAUUCGACAAGGACCUUUCGCUCAGAGGACAGGCGCCCUCUGCACAGCAAGACGCCGACAUUGACAUCCCACUUCCGCCCAUGAACCCACCGGACGGGGCAGGUUUGAUCUACACUUCCGACAAAAAAGCCUGCCUCAACACGUUUCGGAUACGCUUGGAUCUCUCCCAUAUCCAGGGCAAGAUUUUCGACAACCUGUACUCGAACCGCGCGAGGAAGGUACAGGGCGCUGAACGAAGACAACGCGUCGCGGCGUUGAGCAACAUGCUCGAGCAGUGGUAUGCUCGCAUCCCACCGGCCUUUUGCAUCGAACACGUAUUGUCCACCGUCGGUGAGUCCGAGCUCGUUCAGAUGGUCAAGCUCCACCACGCGUAUCUUUUGGCCGUGGUGCACACGCAAGGCAUCUACUCGAGUGAAAGUCAGUGGUUUGGCCGCAUCAGCUCCAUGAGCAAAUCCAUGAUUCAAGACUAUGCAAUGACAAUCCUUGGGCCCACGUCGAAAUAUGCCACCAGGUCCCAGGAGCCUCCGAUGGCGCAGGGCUGGAAGCAGUGUGUCGAUUUGAGCCGGAAAUGCAUCAGGCUGUUCCAGGACGCGACGCCAACGGAAUGUCUUAUCUGCUGCGCGCACUUUUCGGGGCUGAUUGUUCUUCUCGCCAACAACCUCAUGCAGCCAACCCACCCGGACGCCUGGAUGGACCAGGAACUCAGCAAUAAGGCGGUCGAGCUCCUGAACAAUCUCGCCAGUGUUCUCCCGGCCAAUGCAUUGGAAACAUUGUGUGUCGUGGUCAAUGAGCUGCACGGAAAGGCGAGUAAGGCUGUCGACGCCGCGAGAUUGGAGGCCGCACAGACGGAUUGGAUGCAAGCCAGCGACUGUAAUUUACUACUGGAGAACCUAGGCGAUGAGAUUGGGUUCCCCAUAUUCGCUGGCGAUGAGGAUAUCACGGGAGCUUUUGAACUGGAUGACACCUGGGAUCAUUUGUUGUCGAACGACAAUGUUGUCGUUGGGGGAGCUGAGUUCCAGACAUGA